AUGUCGCUGCAACUGUUUGCUGGACACAUUGAAACCAUGCGGUGCCUGCGGCUGAGUCAGCCUGGAAUAAACGCUCCUGGCAAGGAGCGGCGUAAUUCACUCUCUCCUUGUAACCUCACUAAAUCAGAAAGCGCCUUCUCCCCGUUCCGGCAAAUGGCACGCCAGAAGGCGAAGUUCAGCGGUUUCAGGCAGGAGCUGUGCAAGGCCGAGAGCAACAGGCCGGCCCCCCAGCCGGCAGCCUGCCGCCCGGCCUGCCAGGGCAAGGGCGGGCUCGCCUGCCGGGAAGUCUUGGAACUGAACCAGGUGAUUAUUCCCACUUACGGAACUGUGCCAGAUCAGCAAAACCUUCAUACUCCUGAAUGGGCUGAUUUUGAUGAUAAGCCUGACUCCUUGUUCUUCAGCGAUGGGCAGCGAAGAAUUGACUUUGUUUUGGUGUAUGAAGAUGAAAGCAAAAAAAUUACUCAUAAGAGGAGUGAUCGUAAAAAGCAAAAGAAGAAGAGACAAAAAUAUGAAUCAAACCUAAUAAGCAACGGCUUGCAACUUGAAGCAACGAGAUCGGUUUUGGAUGAAAAACUUAUUUUUGUGAAAGUGCAUGCACCUUGGGAAGUGCUGUGCACAUACGCCGAGGUUAUGCACAUCAAAUUGCCUCUGCAACCCAGUGACCUGAAAACUCGAGAGUCAGCUUUCAACUGGUUUAGUAGACUCUUCAGCGUGGAUGAAAAUGUCAUCAAACCUGAGCAAGAGUUUUUCACUGCCCCUUUUCAAAAAGAACAUUUGUCCAACUUCUAUAUUCAAGACAAAGACACAUUUUUCAAUCCUGCAACUAGAAGCCGAAUUGUUCAUUUUAUCCUGUCCCGUGUGGAAUAUGCAACCAAAAACAAUGUGAAAAAGUUUGGCAUUAACAAAUUACUGGACACUGGAAUCUACAAAGCGGCAUUUCCCCUUCAUGACUCUAGUUUUAGGUGCAAAUCAACCGAUUCUGACUGCCCAAGCGAACGAUAUCAUCUCUACAGAGAAUGGGCUCAUCCUAAAAAUAUUUUCAAACUGCAGCCCCUGGAUUUCAUCAGGAAAUACUAUGGAGAGAAAAUUGGAAUCUACUUUGCUUGGCUGGGCUUUUACACUAAUAUGCUGAUCGUGGCUGCAGUUGUAGGAGUUGGCUGUUUUCUGUAUGGAUGCCUGACAAAGGACCACUGCACAUGGAGCCAAGAAGUAUGUGAUCCCAACAUAGGAGGUAAUAUCAUAAUGUGCCCUCAGUGUGAUAAAGUAUGUACCUACUGGAACCUCACCAUCACUUGUGAAUCGUCCAAGAAACUCUGUAUAUUUGAUAGCUUUGGAACACUGGUGUUUGCAGUAUUUAUGGGAAUAUGGGUUACUUUGUUUUUGGAGUUUUGGAAGCGACGGCAGGCUGAACUGGAGUAUGAAUGGGACACAGUUGAGUACUUAGAGCAAGAAGAACAAGUUCGCCCAGAAUACGAAGCUCGGUGCACUCAUGCAGUAAAGAAUGAAAUCACACAGCAAGAAGAACAUGUGCCAUACACUACCUGUGGGAAGUGCAUACGGAUGACUUUCUGUACAAGUGCAGUCUUCUUCUGGAUUCUUUUGAUUAUUGCUUCAGUUAUUGGAAUCAUUGUCUACAGGCUCUCGGUUUUCCUGGUGUUUUCUGCAAAGUUGCCAAAGCACAUUAACGGAACGGAGGCGAUCCGCAAGUACCUGACUCCGCAGACAGCCACUUCAGUAACUGCUUCGCUCAUCAGCUUUAUAGUCAUUAUGGUUCUCAACGUCAUCUAUGAAAAAGUGGCAAUCCUGAUAACUGACUUCGAGCUUCCAAGGACACAGACCGAUUAUGAAAACAGUCUGACCACAAAGAUGUUCUUGUUCCAGUUCGUCAACUAUUACUCUUCAUGCUUCUACAUAGCCUUCUUUAAGGGUAAAUUUGUAGGUCACCCUGGAAAUCCGGUUUAUUGGCUAGGAAAGUAUCGCAAUGAAGAGUGUGAUCCAGGCGGAUGUCUCCUCGAACUCACAACUCAGCUUGCCAUCAUAGUAGGAGGUAAAUCAAUCUGGAACAACAUUCAAGAAGUGCUUCUUCCGUAAAUACUGCUUUUGCUUGAUGCAUUCAAGCAUUUGGUCACUAAAUCUGGUAGGUUUGUUCCACGCUGGGAACAGGACUACCACCUGCAGCCCACUGGAAAACUUGGACUGUUUUAUGAGUAUCUUGAAAUGGUUAUACAGUUUGGCUUUGUCACCCUGUUUGUGGCAUCAUUCCCCCUGGCUCCUCUUCUGGCUCUUAUUAACAACAUGUUGGAAAUCCGGUUGGAUGCGUGGAAGCUGACGACCCAGUUCAGGCGCAUGGUUCCACAGAAGGCACAAGACAUUGGCGCCUGGCAGCCCAUCAUGCAAGGCAUAGCCAUUCUGGCAGUGGUCACCAAUGCUAUGAUAAUUGCUUUUACAUCUGACAUGAUUCCUCGUCUGGUUUAUUACUGGUCCUUUUCCGUCCCUCCUUAUGGGAGUCACAGCAGUCACACUAUGAAAGGGUAUAUAAACAGUACGCUUUCUGUCUUCAAUAUAUCAGACUUCAAGAAUGCAAGCAAGCCAUUUUCCCCGUGGUUUGGGAACCAAACAACAUGCAGAUACCGGGAUCUCCGCUACCCUCCCGGUCACCAGCACCAAUAUGAGCAUAACAUAUACUACUGGCAUGUCAUUGCAGCCAAGCUGGCUUUCAUCAUUGUCAUGGAGCAUGUCAUAUACUUUGUGAAGUUUAUUAUUUCAUAUGUAAUUCCGGAUGUAUCACAAAAGACCAAGAGCAAGGUCAAACGAGAGAAGUACCUAACACAGAAACUCUUGCAUGAGAACGAUCUCAAAGUUGUGAAAAAAACCAUGGGGAAAAUAGCCGACAAAAUUAUCAGAGGAGUAGACAGCACUUUUGGACCUAAAGCUGAAUAAGUACUUUUUUAUAUGGAAUAACAGUAUUUAGCCAACUGAUACCUGUCCAGAUAUUACCAAUAGCUAAUCAAACACUUUGGAUUAAUUCCCUUUACUAAACAUUGUUUCUUGCAACUGUUACCUGCUCAUUUACCUGGUUCCCUUGUAGAAAUGCAACCAGUGCGACUCAGAUAAGAGUUACCAGUUUUUUAAACAGCUUUAGCAGGACGUAUUUUUUUAACAUGUGAAGAUAAAAAUUAUUUAUCAUCUUAAGACGAUGCAGAUUAAUUCUCAAAUACAUAGAGUGCUUUCCACUUUAUUUGGGCAUCAGCUAUUAGAUCUUUUGUUUGACUUGAUUAAAACCUUAAGAACAAGAAUGAUUUAUUGUAAGAAUACCAUCAUGUCUUCUGAAGGAGUUUUGAUUACUUGCUAAUGCAAACCCCAACUAUCAAAUGAAGAGGAAAAGCCAAAACAUGAUGGAAAGAGAAGGAAAAUACAAUUCAAAAUCAUGUUAUUAAGCCAUUGGAAUUGACAUACUAAGCGCUGUUGUGUGCUGCACUGAAUUAGCUAUGCAUACUGAGACUUAAAUGGAUAACAAGAUAUUUCAAUUAAUCAUGGACUUGGAUCACAAGAAGCAGCAGGACUGUAAGCCCAUCCUGUUCAUCAAUCUCUGUGUAAACAGGAGAAUUGCCUUUGAAAUCAAUGCAUACAAACUGACUUUACAGCACUCCGAGUGAGUAGAAAACUCAGGCAUUUUAUCUUUCCCCAGUCAAUGUACUUUCAUUAGUUCACUUGCCCAUUCUGCUCUGAAUGACCGUAGCCUUGAAGGUCUCCUACCUGUAACAGUAAUGAGUGUUAAAAGUCUUUUCACGUACUAAAUCAAUAUUUGUGGAGGGCUGUCUUUUGCAUUUCUCCCACACCAGAGGCACCAUGCUCUUCCCUGAUAGAUUUUGACAUAGGAAGAAUGUGCAGCUGGACCUGUUGUGAUACAACAUUGCAUGAUAAAGUGAAUUCUGACAAGACCAUGAAUCUAUUGAAACUGGAGAUUGGAAUAAACCAUUUAAUAUGCCUUAACCAUGUUAUGAAGCUUUAAAUAACUAAGCAGGAUGUUAGAGGUGUGGAUGCAUGUGCUAGAGCCAUCAGUCAUCUUCAAAUUAGGCUGCAGAGAUGCUUGGCUAUUUUGGCUCUGGUUGCAAACUGGGAGUUAGGGAAUUACAGAUUAAGCAUGUAUGUAGAGCUCCGCUUUGUUUCUGCAGCAGUGGUAUUCCAGAUUAUUAACUUGCUUUCUCUUUGAACAGUUUUAGUGGACCAAUUUCUACAAAUUCUGAAAACCAAAAUCUUGUUAAAAAAGCAAAAGUGUGCCUGUAUUCUGUAAACCAGGUGAUUACUGUUGCAUUUGUAAUUUUGUACUCUUCUUAAAUGUAAUAAAUAUGCAGAAUUUUUAGGCAGAUUAUUCAUAUAGCUUUUUACAUAUUAAGUUCAUUUGCAGAAACUAAGUAGCAUUUAUAAGAUGUAUUUUAUCCCAUUAAUACUCAGAAGGAAUCAAGCAUCUGAAUUUUGUAGCAAAACUUCCAAAUACUGACUGCUGUGUACCUCAAGCCUCUCCUUUGAAACAGCAACAUUUAAACCAGAAGAGGUAGCACAUGAGGGGAGUCCUUUCAGCAGUCAUGAUACACAAGCUUUCACUCAGCAAGACUUUGCAUGAUGGCAUGGAAGAACGUGAGAGGAAAGCUUGGUUCAAAAAUCAAAGAAAGAUGAAAGAAAGAAACUCACAGGUUCCAGAGAACCACUUGCAUUUCUGACACUGAAGGACUGAAGCUUACUUAUUAUAAUGCCCAGAAAACUUUGUGUAGACACCACCUGAAGACAAAAAAAGACGCAGGGCAGAAAAACAAGAUAGACUGUAACAAUAAAGGACAGUCAACCAGAGCAGCGAUGGGACCAGUGCUUCUUUGCACAGGGAAUUCUGCCCUUUGCCAUUUGUUUUGGUUUCAUCAGAAUCAUGACAAGUCUUUAAUUUACCAGGAAGCAAAUAUAAACUGGGCAGAUGGACAAACGCUCAGAAGCUUCUAAGCAAGACAGAAUUUCUCAUCAAAAUAUAUCCCCUCAACACUGGUUUGACCUUUUCCCCAGAUCA